AGGAGGCGGCGGCGAGGGGCCGCUGCCUGCCGGCCAUGUCGGGCCGGGGCAAGUCCGGCGGCAAGGCGCGGGCCAAGGCCAAGUCGCGCUCGUCGCGAGCCGGGCUGCAGUUCCCCGUGGGCCGGGUGCACCGGCUGCUGCGGAAGGGUAACUACGCGGAGCGGGUGGGCGCCGGGGCGCCGGUGUACCUGGCGGCCGUGCUGGAGUACCUCUCGGCUGAGAUCCUGGAGCUGGCGGGCAACGCGGCCCGCGACAACAAGAAGACGCGCAUCAUCCCGCGGCACCUGCAGCUCGCCAUCCGCAACGACGAGGAGCUCAACAAGCUGCUGGGCGGCGUGACCAUCGCCCAGGGCGGCGUCCUGCCCAACAUCCAGGCCGUGCUGCUGCCCAAGAAGACACAGAGCUCCAAGAAGUGAGCGCUGCCCCCCCCCCCAGCCCCGGCCCCCUUUUCACCACUGCCCCACCUUCCCUCCCAAUGGGACUUGGGUUCUCCUUCCUGCCCACCAGCCCGGGCUGGGUGGUGAGCCCUGGCAGCACCCCGCCAGCCCUCCACUAGCCCCCUAGCCUGGGCUGUGGCGGGGUGCUGGGGGAGCAUGGGUGAGGUCAGGCCCUGCUUGUGCCCCCACCCUGUCCCUCUUCCCUCUGGAAGAAGUGUUUUUGGAGGAGGCAGCUGGAUCAUAGCUGUUGGCAGUGGUGGUAUCCGGAGCCGUGUGGUUGGGUCAUGGUGCAGAGCUGCUGGUAGCUGCUGAGGAUUGUUUUGGCUGGCGUGGGGAUGUACACGGGCACCCCUGGCUGCCUCUCCCCUCUGCCAGCCCUGGGGCUGUGCAGGGCCCCCCCCAGCUGGCCCUGCUUGCCCUGGUGUAAGGAUGGGACUCGCUGCUGCUGUGCCACCCCCCCCCCCCCCCCCAGCUAGCAAUGCCAUCCCGGCCGCACUGCAGCGGGGAGGGCAGGGGGCUGGAAAAUGUGAAAAGGAGGAAAACUUUCUCCGUUGGCAAGAAGUGACUGUUAGUCUUAGUUUUGUUCAUGGUAAAGCUAGUGCAUUGCCUACUGUAAAGAAGCUCUGGUCCUGUUUAUUUUAAGGUCUCUUAUUUUGGGGUAUGUCCCUGCAAAGUCACCUUCCCACAGCUCCCUGGCUCGGUGGGCGCUGGGGGACUCGGUGGUCCCACAAACCGUGGGUCCCGCUAGCGGGGUGGGGUGGAGGCUGCGGUGACAAAUCCCCUCGGAGAGCGUCGCAAGGUCAGGCGCCCGCCGGGAGCGGGAGCUGCCAUCUUCUGCUGUGGCUGCCCUCUUCUCCCGGCUGCAGAAGCCCCUCAUCUUGCUGAGAGCUACCUUGUACCCUGGUUGCAUUUCUGGAAAUGACAUGCUGUGUCUUUUUUUUGUUUGUUUGUUCAACACUGUUUCUGGUUCUGAGAAAUAAAGUGAUGAUGAUAUCUGUUAACUGUAACCCUCUAUGGAUUAAUAUUUCUUUUUAAAAACAACCCUAGAGUUUGUAUUAAAGCCCACUUUUAGCUAGUGCCGUAUUUAUUUAAUGGCUGUGUGGAUAAUGUGCAAGCAUGGGGGCAGGCUAGCUGUCCCGUGACACCUGGAAUAGCUGAUGCAGAGACAGCUUUCCUCGCUGCCCAGAGCAGCCUGCUUCUGUGGGCGCUGAUAGUCGUGUGCAUGCGGCAGUGUCUAGGCAAUCGGACUGUAGACCUUCAUAACAUGUUUUUUUAAGUAAAAAAAAAAAAGAGCAACUUCUAUUUAUGUGCUGUAAGUAGCAUGUGUUCAAGCUAUUGAAUCAGCUGUUAAUCUUGUGGAUGAAGUAACUUACCCUGGCUCUGAGUUUAUUAUUAUCUAGAGUAGAUGAACCUGGAUGCUUGUCAGCUGGUUUUAUGAAGGGGUUUUUCACUCUGUUGUGGAAUGUGGAAGCGGUAUGUUCGUUAGUGUUGUGCUAAUGGGGGUGCAGAUGUGUCCCAUGGUUACGCUGGGGUACCCUGACCUCAGGUGGGUGGGGGCAGCCGGGCACAGCCCCGCUGCUGUGGCACGGACCCCCUGGGAUCUCUCUUCCUCCUGUAAAGUGACUGUUACCGUUGGUGACGUGGGGAUGAGGGGUUUCCUUUCCGCUGCCCAGCGCGGUGGUUGAUGUGUCUGUAUCCAAGUGUCUUGUUCUCUCCCUCUUGUCUUCUCCAGGACCAGCGUUCUGUACAACCCGAGAGUGCUUUGUAUUUCUUAGAAAAACGCAGAACUUGUGAUACUGAAAAGAACGAUGCAAACCAAUAUCUGAUUAAACUGGUUCCCUGUUGAA